UCCUCAGGCUUCCACACUCAACAGAUUUCACUCCGGUUAAUGAACAAGUGAAAGUCAAUAACUGUCCACUUAGUUUAAACUGUCACGUUUUCUGUUUCCAUGUUUGCACUCAUAGAGGCGUAAUGGAUUUAAACGCCACGCUCCGCAUUGGCGCGCUGGCGCAGAGACUCUUUGGGAAUAACUCACUGUUUCCAUUUGAUAACAGUACUGCCAAUUCCAAAACAGAUGAGGAGGACUUGGAAGUCAACACGGACGUCUACUCCAAGGUGAUAGUCACUGUUAUCUACCUGGUUCUGUUUGCUGUGGGUUCUCUGGGCAACUCCAUCACCCUGUACACCCUGCUGACCAAAAAGACCCUGCAGAACCUCCAGAGCACCGUGCACUACCACUUGGCCAGCCUCGCCGUUUCCGACCUGCUGAUCCUCGUACUCUCAAUGCCCAUCGAGCUCUACAACUUCAUCUGGUUCCACCACCCGUGGGUGUUCGGGGACGCAGUGUGCAGGGGUUACUACUUCCUCCGGGACAGCUGCUCCUAUGCUACUGCGCUCAACAUCGCCAGCCUGAGCGUGGAGCGUUACAUGGCCAUCUGCCACCCGUUCAAAGCCAAGAGUAUCAUGUCCCGCAGCCGCACCAAGAAGCUCAUCAGCGCCAUGUGGCUCGCGUCCUUCGCCCUCGCCACGCCGAUGCUCUUCAUCAUGGGCCAGGAGAUACGCAAUGGGGUGAAGAUAUGCACUGUUAUCGUCUCCCCUGUCAACAUCAAGACUGUGCUUCAGGUAAAUGCCUUUCUGUCCUUUGUGAUACCCAUGGUGGUCAUAUCUGCACUGAACGGAGUCAUAGCCAAUCAGCUGCUGCGAAUGUUCCGCGAGGCCGAGCAAGACAACCGUGUCUGCAUCGUUGGGGGAAAUCCCACCAUUCUGAAUGUCACCGUGGAGCCCAACCGUGCUCAGUCGCUUCGCCAUGGAGUUAUUGUUCUACGCGCAGUGGUCAUUGCCUUUGUGGUCUGCUGGCUGCCCUAUCACGCUCGCCGCCUCAUGUUUUGCUACAUCUCUGACUGGUCCGAUAACUUGUAUGACUUCUACCACUAUUUCUACAUGCUGACCAACGUCCUGUUCUACGUCAGCUCGGCCAUCAAUCCAAUCCUCUACAACUUGGUGUCAGCCACCUAUCGCCAGAUCUUCUUUUCCACACUACGCUACUUCUGCAUUCCCUGCCGCUACGCCCCCAGGAGGCACGCCCACCCUCUGACCCGCCACUCCAUCAGCAUUUCCAGUAACCACACCCUCUCCUCCAACAUGAUCAAAGAGACAGCGUACUGAUCGGGCCUCAAUGGAAUACACUUUCUCAUUCCAUAAACCCACCUGCUGCCACCCCGUGUUUACUGGUCCGACUUCAUCAAGGGAAUUCUGGUACUGGUUUGGAGACACAGACUGAUCUGGUUUCAAGUGCCCACUCUGAAUUUCAUUUCAGAUGCGCAUUGUAUUAUAUGUUGGUGUGUGCUGUCUUUAUUUAGUAUACCAUGAGAAAUCAAAAAGCUAAAUAUGAAAAUGGAAGAAUGAAAAAAGAAAAGAAGGAUGGACAAAAACAAAGUAACAGAACAUCUUUUAAAUGGACACAGAUGUAAAUGUUUUAUACAGUAUAUUUCUAUGUGUUUUUAUUGGACCAAUCAUUCACACUUGCUUGUACAGUCUAAAUGACUCUGCUGUUUCAAUGUUUUUGAGCAUCGACGUAUAAAACAACGUAUGAAAGUACUUUCUCUAGAAAAAUGGCCUCUGGCAAUGCUUUCACGACUACAAAAGCUCUGAUGUAACUAUGUGAUAUUUAGGUGAGCGUCUCAGGAUAAAUCAGCCUUUGAUGUUAAAAAAAAGACACAUUUCUGUUUCUUGAAUCCAAGCUACAUCGACAGCUGUAAGAGAAGAAUCUUCUACAUUAUUAAGACAUACUUCUCUCGGCUCUCUUGGCUUUGUUACAAGCAGUUUUUCUGCAAAACUUCUGUUGCUGUUGAGUCCAGAUAAUAGGCUCUGUCACACUGCUUAGACUCUGAAAUAUGAAUGUCUGUGGGAUAUGUAAAUAGUGCACACAGAGAUUCUGAUGGUUUCUGUUGAUAGUUUUCUGCAUUCAUAACAGCUUUUUAAAGGUGUCUGUGUGGACACAGGAGAAGUAGUUGAAAUUAUUAUUUAAAGUAUUUGUACAUAACAGUAGUGACAACGUGGACCAGAAAACACAUGGUGGAGUUGAACUGCUAUAUAGACAGAAGCAUGCUUACCUAACAUAAGAAUGACCGAUGGGGGCAGUGAAAGGACUUCAACAGAAACAGAGCACGUCCGCUCUGAUGUCCCCCCACCAGUUGCUGCUUGAGCAAUCAGAGGCAUGCGUUUCUUUAAGGAGUAAUGUCAAUGUCAAUGAACUCUCCUUCAGCUAAGGCACACAAGAAACAAUAACCUCAUUUCAACGUUGACUAGAAGUGCAUUUUCUACUCCUUAAGUUAUUAUUAGCCCAGUGCACCAGCCUAGUAUCCCUAAGAAUUACUUCCUUAUUGAGCCAUGAAUGUUCAGCAGCAACAUUCAGUGGCAGAAAGUAAUCAUUGGGUUUAACUGGGUACGUUGUGUUUCAGAAGCAGAGAAUUCUGCCCACCAGACUUUGCUCAGAUUUGGUCAUUUUUUAAUGACUUGUACUCUUCGUAUGUAGUCAAAUUGUUUCCCUUUUGGCUGAUUUUACCGUGAGGAUUCUGCACAUGGUGUUUUAUUUUGAAAUUCUCCUUGCCGUUUCUGUGUCUGACUUCGACCAGCUUGAUCUGCUCUGCACUGCUUGGCGUGGUAUUCUGAAACAUAUAUCUGAAAGAGCUGCGAUCAGCUCGGUCCCGGUGGGAUCCAUGGGUAAGGGUGUGGUGCUCAUGCUGGUCACAGACUUGCAAUUCAAAAAAUGUAACCAUGAUCUCUCCCUUACUUUAACCGAGUGUUGUGGAGGUGCCUACCUGUCUCUAAUAUGAGCUUGCUUCAAACAAAGGCCUGGUUCCCUCUGAGGUUAAGGUUCCUGACAUAGUGACUGGGGGAAAUACAGUAUUACAAUUUUAUUACACGUUUACCUCUGUAGAAAAUGAACAGACUACCAAUGACUUGUUGCUUGUGUUGUCAGUAUGAAGCAUAAUUCUGUACAGUAUGAAUAAGUAAUGUUUUCUCCACGUGCAGCACAUGUAGCUUACAAAUGAAGAUGAUAGUGAAUGUAUUUCUGCACAGGUUCUAUGUUUCUUUGCUUUAAUGUAAACAAAUAUGAUCAAUGAAUCAGCAGCAACGGAUCAUUUUAUUCAUGACUUUGAGCUGGUGAUGAGAGAAUCCGGACUAAAUCACUCAAUUUAUAAGAUAAGCUCCUAUAAACAGAUUUUAAUCUGGUAAAUAUUUUAAUAAAUGUAUUUCAUUAGAAGCCCCGGGGUCACAGCAGCUGAAUCAUUCAGUGUUAGCACUGUUUGUGUUAUUAAUGCCAUACUUCUUAUUUUUCAACUUAUAAUCUGUUUUUAUGUUUUCUAGGUUAAACACCAAAGUUUGUAUAGAUGGACCAUGAGUGUGCAGCCUUGAUUGUAAAAGAGUCUACAGCAAAGCUUGUGGCUCUGUGAGGCUGAACAGUGGUGCUUUGAGCUACAUGACAAUGACAAUGACAGUAAUAAUGCUAAUUAAACCUUCGUUUAGUUUGUUAGCAUGCUAAAAUCUGCUACUUAGCAGUACACACAAAGUUCAGCUGAGGCCGACAGAAUGUCUUUAUAAGUAUUUAGUCAUAAACCAAAUCAAAAUUUUCCCAUUUUCACCAAAAUGUUUGAAAUUCAUCCUAAGAGGAACAUGAAUAUGCACCAAAUUUCUGUCACGAGGAAACAUCACCUGGAAACUAAUAGACGUUGUGAUAUUUUAAAUGACAAAAAAACAAAUGGUGACAACAGAGCUAUGGGAGGACUCAUGGCUGACACCGCCACCCAUAGCUGCUAGCAUGGUUAAAAAUGUAAAUAAAUAUUUUAAAUACUCAAAAAUACACAUGAGCAAUUUCACACUUUCAGUAUUUUCCACCUACAAUGUGCCUCAGCACCAUUGUUGUAAUCUAAAAUAUAUGACACUGCUACAACCUUCUCGAUGCUUAUCACAGCAGCAGUUUCAAAAAAGAAAAGAAAAAAGUCAAUCUGUGUAUUGUUUUUCUAAUACAUGUAUAGAUGUCUUUAAUAUGGUGUACUUAUUAGUGUUUUUAUUGGUGACUAAGCUGUGCUUUGUAUUGGUUGAUAUAACUCUGUGUCUCUGUACAGUAUCUGUGUAGUUGUUGAAUCUUUAGCUUUAGCCCCUCCAUUAGAACUGAACUCAGCCAAACAUCAGAUCCACCAGACAGCCAUACUGAAUGAAAAAACACUGUAUGUCCCUUUAAUGUUGCAAACUACGCAAGCAGUUAACAUGUAACACUGCUGUGCACACCUGUACAUGGAUAUUAUAACUUGUCUCCACACAAUAAUCAAUGUAAUCAAAUAAAAUCAAUCUGAUUUUAGCAGACGAUUCAGAUCAGCCAUGUUUACCUGUAUAUGAUAUAUGAUAGAUGAUAUCAAACAGAUUGUUUCAUUUCAUUUAAAAACAAUAAAAUGAAUCUAUAUAACACA